GGGGCGGUUCAGCUAAGUAACUUCCUCAUCUGAACCGUCCGUCGCAGCGAGGAGCCUUUCUUUCUCCGCUUUGAAAACCUUUCACCUGAUUACCGUGUUAUAAACACUUUAACCUCAGUUUCUUCCCUUACAUUUAUACUUUUAUAACUUUUUACCGUAUGGGACGGAACGUUUUUUCUCCAGUCUACUAUGGAUGAGGAGAGGGAGGAGGGGGGUCCUACCUCUAAGACCACUCUGUCUGGGGAACAUGGCCGCCAGAGCAAAGCUAAGAGCCCAGAGAAACAGGAGAGAGCAGACUCCCCUGGACCCAGCUGUGUCUCCAUGAAGAGUGACAGCUCUAUGAGACAGCCUGUUGGGUUUAAAGAUGGAAAUCAGUCCAUUGAAAAGAGAAGAGUCCAGCAGCAAGAGAGAGCAGACUCCCCUGGACCCAGCUGUGUCUCUAUGAAGAGUGACCGCUGUAUGGAAAAACCUCAUAACUUUAAAGAUGGAAAUCAGUCUAUUGGGAAAAGAAGAGUCCAGCAGCAGAGAGCAGACUCCCCUGGACCCAGCUGUGUCUCCAUGAAGAGUGACAGCUCUAUGGAUCCACCUGUUACCUUUAAAGAUGGAAAUCAGUCUAUUGAGAAGAGACACCAGGGGAGGUCAAAGGUCACCAGUGCUCAGUCUGUACAGCAGCAUCAAACAGAGCUGGAGAUGAACCAGGAGGAACUGGCUGACACACUGGGGGGCGGAUCUGCUGCUGUCGAUUGCCAACAUAAAAUCAAGUCUCAUUUGAAGAAGAAGUUCAGGUGUGUGUUUGAGGGAAUCACUAAAGCAGGACAGCGAACAGAUCUGAACGACUUCUACACAGAGAUCUUCAUCCCAGAGAGAGGCAGUGGAGAGGUCAACAAGGAACAUGAGGUCAGACUGAUUGAAACAGCUUCCAGGAAACCAGCCAAGGAAGAAACACCAAUCAGAUGUGAAGACAUCUUUAAACCCUUACCUGGACAAGAUCAACCAAUCAGAACAAUGAUGACAACUGGAGUGGCCGGCAUUGGUAAAACCGUCUUAACACACAAGUUCACUCUGGACUGGGCUGAAGGCAAAACCAACCAGGACAUACACUUCACAUUUCUCCUCACUUUCAGAGAGCUGAAUUUACUGAAAGGGAAAGAGUUUAGCUUGGUGGAACUUCUUCAUCACCUCUUUACUGAGACCAAAGAAGCAGGAAUCUGCAGAUACGACGGGUUCCAAGUUGUCUUCAUCUUGGAUGGUCUGGAUGAGUGUCGACUUCCUCUGGACUUCCAGAGAAACCCGAUCUGGACUGAUGUCACAAAGUCCACCUCGUUGGACAUGCUGCUGACCAACCUCAUCAGGGGUGACCUGCUUCCCUCUGCUUGCAUUUGGAUAACCACACGCCCUGCGGCAGCCAAUCAGAUCCCUGCUGAGUGUGUUGACAUGGUGACAGAGGUGAGGGGGUUCACCGACCAACAGAAGGAGGAGUACUUCAGGAAGAGAUUCAGAGAGGAGACGAUGGCCAGCACAAUCAUCUCCCACGUCAAGAAAUCACGAAGCCUCCAAAUCAUGUGUCACAUCCCAGUCUUCUGUUGGAUCACUGCUUCAGUUCUGGAGGACAUCUUCCAAAAUUCCCAGAUCGAAGAGAUGCCCGAGACCGUGACUCAGAUGUACAGCCACUUCCUGAGGGUUCAGUCCAUACAGGCGGACAGGAAGUACCAUGGGAGGGCUGAAACAGAUCCAGACUGGAGCUCAGAGAGCAGGGAGAUCAUUGUUUCUCUGGGAAAACUUGCUUUUAACCAGCUGGAGAGUGGCAACCUGAUCUUCUACGAAGCAGAUAUGGCAGAGUGUGACAUCGAUAUCAGAGCAGCCUCAGUGUACUCAGGAGUGUUCACCCAGAUCUUUAAAGAGGAGUGUGGGCUGUACCAGGACAAGGUGUUCUGCUUUGUCCAUCUGAGCAUCCAGGAGUUUCUGGCUGCCCUUUAUGUCUUCUGGUCCUUUAUCAACACUGGGGUCAAUCUGCUCUCAACCUCCAGGAAAGAUAAACUCCUCCUCUACCAGAGUGCUGUGGACAAGGCCUUACAGAGUGAGAACGGACACCUGGACUUGUUCCUCCGCUUCCUCCUGGGCCUCUCUCUGGAGACCAAUCAGAUUGUCCUACGAGGUCUGCUGGGACAGAAAAAAAGAUCACUGACCACUCAGAUUAAAACAGGUCUGCUGCGAAUGACAGGAAGUAGGUCACAGACCAAUGAGGGAACAGUGUCUUACAUCAAGGAGAAGAUAAAAGGAGAUCAAUCUCCAGAGAGAAGCAUCAAUCUGUUCCACUGUCUGAAUGAGCUGAACGACUGUUCUCUAGUGAAGGAGAUCCAACAGUACCUGACAUCAGGAUGUCUCUCUGGAGAAUCUCUCUCCCCUGCUCAGUGGUCAGCUCUGGUCUUCAUCUUACUGACAUCAGAAGAGGAGCUGGACGUGUUUGACCUGAAAAAAUACUCUGCUUCAGAGGAGGGUCUUCUGAGGCUGCUGCCAGUGGUCAAAGCCUCUAAAACAUCCCUGCUGAAUGCCUGCCAUCUGUCGGAGAGAUGCUGUGAAGCUCUGGCAUCAGUUCUCAGCUCCAACUCCUCUAGUCUGAGAGAGCUGGACCUGAGUAACAAUGAUCUGCAGGAUUCAGGAGUGAAGCUGCUCUCUGCUGGACUGGGGAGUCCACACUGUACACUGGAAACUCUCAGCUUGUCUGGCUGCCUGGUCACACAGGAAGGCUGUGCUUCUCUGGCCUCAGCUCUGAGCUCCAACCCCUCCCAUCUGAAAGAGCUGGACCUGAGCUACAAUCACCCAGGAGACUCUGGAGCUGCGCUGCUCUCUGCUGGACUGGAGGAUCUACGCUGGAGACUGGACACUCUCAGUGUGGAGCACGGUGGAGUGUGGAGGCUGAAACCAGCUCUAAAGAAGUAUGCCUGUGACCUCACACUGGACCCCAACACGGCCCACAGACGACUCUCUCUGUCUGAGGACAACAGGAAGGUGAGGUGGGUUGAAGAGGACCAGUCGUAUCCGGAUCACCCAGACAGAUUUGACUCCCAUUACCAGGUGUUGGGUAGAGAGGCUCUGACUGGCCGCUGUUACUGGGAGGUAGAGUGGAAAGGAGAGGUUGAUAUAGGAGUGACAUACAGAGGAAUCACAAGGAGAGGAGGGGGUGGUGACAGCAGGCUUGGACUGAACAACAAGUCCUGGAGUCUUUAUUGUUAUGAUGGUGGUUACUCUGCCCGGUACAACGGUAGACAGACAGCCCUCCCUCUCCCCCCGCUGGCUCCACCAGAGUAGGAGUGUAUCUGGACCGGCCUGCUGGCUCUCUGUCCUUCUACAGAGUGUCCCCAGGUGGAGGAGGGUCCUCAGACACACUGA